AUGCUUGACGGAUCCCGCUUAGAUGCGGUAAAGGGAAGCAGGCAUUUCAUCGAUGCCAUUGCGGAUGAGAACCCAGCAGCGGCAAGGUACUUGAGUACGUACUACACUGAAGUUGAGACGCCGAAGCGGGCAAGUGAUGGCUACGAAAAUGCUCCAACGCUUGUGGGUAUUGCGGACGUGUUCAUCAACAAACUUGGAUACGUUUGGAACGCCAAGGACUACGUUGUCCCGAAAUCCUGCAAGUCGGAGCUGUUUGGUCAGCGUGGAAGCACGGCGCUCCCGACUAAAGCGCAGAGUUACGAGAAGGUCUGUACCACAGAAGGACGACUUCACGUAUGA